UUGUUUUUGGUAGAGAUGCAAGUCUUGCUAUGUUGCCCUGGUUGGUCAUGAUUUCCUGGUCCCUAGUGAUCCUCCUGCCUCAGCCUCCCAAGCACACCACCAGACCUAGCUAAUUUUUUUCUUCUUUAGUUAUUAUUUAGCUCUCUUUAUAACUGGCUUAUUUUUAUUAUUUUUUGUAGAGAAGGGGUCUUGUUAUGUUAGCCUGCCUGGUCUUAAAAUGUAACUCUGUUGUUUUAUACAAAACACUUAUCUUUUUCCAUUUGAAAACAAGUCAGCAUAAAAUUCCAGACUUAUAGACUAUAGUAUAGUCCUUAGGACCCAUAAUGUGUCUCUAAGAACUAUUUGCCAAUGUCUGUACUUUCAGUGAUCUGUAACCUCUAGGAGUAGUGGAGAGGUUAAGCAACUUGUCCAGGGUUACCCAGCUAGGAUGUGGUGGAACUGAAAACCGACCUUUGCCUGUCUAUAUUUCAUAAGCCAAUGUUUCUAGCCCCCACGUUACAGUGACUGUUCUUAUAAGGUCUGGGAAUGGAAGAUGAAUGGUUUAUCCCCCAGUUUUCUCUGAGGCAAACAUAAUUAUACUUCUUCCUUUGUUCUUGGAGGUUUUUCUCUUCUCAUAUCCCCUCCAUUCACCAAAACAGAGUUGGGUCUAUAUUUUACCCAGCUGGCUCUUGGAACUGCAUAAAUCCUGGCUGUUUUCACUUUUUAAAAAUUAUGAGAUUAACUACCAAACUUGAGCUGUAAGUUGUGGGUUAGCUCUUUACUCUGCUAGAUAACCCAGAACAAAGUAUUAACUUCUUUGAGAGCUUCCUUUUUUUCCCUUCAUUGCCGUUGUGCAUUUCUACCGGAAAAUGUGGGAAUGUGUGUGAAGGCGACCUAGCAGAGUGCCUGGCACACAGGAAGGAGCUUGUUGAAUUUAUAGUUCCGGGCUCCAGAACAAGGGCGGCCCAUCUUAGCCUGAGCCACUCUGACUUCGCUUUAGGAAAUACUGCCUAGAUAUCUAAAGGAAAGUGAUAGCAACUGCAACCAACUGUUUUUGAGGUCUGCCUGCCCACCAGUGGCCCCCUCAGCACAUGGGAACAGUGUGUGGAGGUGCCUGGAACAGACACUGACUCAAGGGAGGUCUGUACAGAGGCAGUGUGGGUAAAGAAAUGAAUGCAGAUUCCCCAAAAAUCCAGAGGCAUAUGCAAGAGGAGGGGCACGGGUUCUUUCGAGUCACCUUCCAGGUGACCAGGUGCAUUUACAACUCUAAGGCUCUUGUGCCUUCGGCCAAAAACAGAACUGGAAACAUCCUAAGUGGGCUGGUAACGAGGCUAGCUCUGUCGACUAGUUCAAGACCCCUGAGAGCUUUGGGCCUGAAGUUCCUCAGCUUCCAAGUGAAAGGUUUCGACUUGGCAUUCUGGGAGACAGCCUCUGUGACCAUCAGUUUCCUCAUCUGUAAAACUGGCAUCAUGAUAACCUUGAAGAUCUCCCCCUUUGUGUGUUUAUGGAGCUCCUUACUAUAUAAUCUUGGAAGAGCCUGCUUCCCACUCCGGAAGCCAAGAACUCCAGAUACCAGCUUGCCCCUGCCCCCAGGCAGCUGGGCUCAGCCACCCACCACAUCACUAUGAAGUAAGUCAGGCAAUACCUACUUUACAAAGUCACUUUGAUGAUUAAAUGGAGUUUAAGAAGCACACAGCUCAGGCCUGGACAUACACUGGACCCUUAAUAGUUGUUGCUCCCUCCUCCACCCUGGGCAGUGGGUGGGAGGGAGAAGAGCACAGGAUGGUCAGUGCCUGACUUUGACCCUUGGACUUGAUUCUGCAGGCACUAUAGGGGGAGGAGUUUAGAAGUCCUUUUUGUUUGUUUUGUUUUUUUUGUUUUAUUUGUUUUUGAGAUAGAGUCGGCC